AAAAAAACAUGUUGUAAAUUGCAACACCAGAAUGCAAGAUGUAAUAAUGAAUGUACCAAAGUUUUCACUGAAGAUGCACCGGGAAGCUGGAAUUUUUAAAUGUUAAUAGUUGUUUAAAUUCACAACUUAAGUUGUUUAAGUUAUAAUUCUUAUGCCAGGCACAUGUAAUACACUGAAAUCCAUGUCAGUAAUUACUAUAUCUGGAAAUGGCUUAGCAAGGAUAUUUACAUCUAAAAACAGAGAGAACUCUCCUUUGGGAAUUUCAAAAUGCUGUAUGUCCUGAGCUGUUUUUGCCUCAGUUCCCAUCGUUGGCGAGCAGAUUGUUCCAAGACUUGAUAUUUCCUACUGAUUUCCUGAGAUGCUCCUGAUAAGUCUAAGUUCUCCCCAGCGCCACUCCCAGAUGUGCGGACUGAGUCACGCUUCAUCCUUUGACAAAGUAUAUAGACAUUCGUUUCUUGUUUAGCGUAGGCAUUACAGAGGCGAAAUAAAUCUGCUAUGCGGCUCAUCUAUUUGUAUUUCAAUAGACCUUAUAUCAUUGAAUAAGAAAUUUGAAUUUUCCACACUGAAUAACAUUUAAGUUAAUACAAGGCAGUCAAGUGCUGUAAUGCUUUAUGUUGAAUUUUUUGUAGCGAUAAUAAUCAAUUCUCAAAACCCUUAAAUUUAACUUUUUUUUCCCAUUGAAGCCUACAUUUAUUUUUCAGCCGACGUGAAGCUCUCAGCGUUGGGACACCAGGAGCAGACGGAUGUGAGAGUACUCAAUAUCAGCCAUUACCUGCGGUGAACUGGCCAACUGAUAUGGAAAAACCCGGGAAACAGCUUUGUGGUUGAGGGAGUAUUUGGAUUUUGCCUGGAAGAAGCCAGACUGGAAAACCUAACAGACAAGGUGCGGAUUCAGUUGGUGAACGUUUGGACCUAAUGUGAGGAAUUGAGAUUGUGCAGUAUUAUUGUAAUCGUUUGGGUUUGGGAAACCUACAUAGCGAAGUAUUUGAUCUUUUUUUAAAGGAUCGGUGCGACACUGGCAUUUAUUGCUCAUCCCCAACUGAGUCAAUCACUCGGCUGGGUCUGGAGUCACACCGAGUGGCAGAUUUCCUCCCCUCGGGGGCAUCAGUGAACCAGAUUUUUUUUGACAGUCUAGUAGUCAGGAGGGUUUGAUUGCUAACGGUUAAUUGUUUUUUAAGAACCCAUAUUAUUAAUUGAAUUUAAUUUCCUUAACGGCCGCGGUGGGAUUUGAAUCUCUAGAUGAGUCUCCUAUCCCGACAAAUGCCCCUACGUGGUACAAGAGCAAGAGCGUUGUAGCUCUUUCAGCUCGUUGGGCCGGGAGCAGGACGACAUGAGCUUCCCUCCGACAUUUGUUACCACAGGAUGGUGUGUUGAGUUGGGACACACCAGUAAUGGUGCUGGGGAUGGACUAGGGAGCCCGGAGAGGCCAUGAGUUGGGGACUCGGUGUUUGCAGCGGCUCCUACUUCCUGUUCCCGCGCUGCGGAUGGCGGGCAGGCGGAGCUUCCCCUCCGCAGCCAUGCAGGAUCCCGGGCUGCGGCGGGUUCUGGUCGAAAUGGCAUCAAGGAAAAGGAGGCUGCUGCCCACCGCAAGCCCGGGUAGGUGCAGGAGGCGCGGGCCGACCAGCGAGCUGCAGGCGGCUGCAGGAAAGCUGGAGGACGGUGCGGUCGCCGGGCCCCGGGAGGACGGUGCGGCUUGCGCCGAGUCCUGGCCCCGGGAAGACGAUGCGGCCGCCGGGCCUCGGGAGGACGGUGCGGCCGCCGGGCCCCGGGGGGAAUGUGCGGCCUGCACCGAGCGUCUCCACGCUGGCUCGCCGCAUCCUAACAGGCUUCUCUGGGACUUCUUCAGCCGGCCUUGCGUGGCUUUGGCCCGGGAGUUCCUGGGCCAGGUGAUGGCGCGGAGGCUGGCCGACGGUACCGAGCUGAGGGGCAGGAUUGUGGAGACCGAAGCCUACCUGGGCGGGGAGGACCAGGCCUCGCACUCCCGCGGCGGCAGGCGGAGCCUCAGCAACGCGGCGAUGUUCAUGAGCCCAGGCACGCUGUACGUCUACCAGAUCUAUGGCGUUUACUUCUGCCUGAACGUGUCCAGCCAGGGCGAUGGCGCGGCCGUGCUGGUGCGCUCGCUGGAGCCUCUGCAGGGACUCGAUGCAAUGAGGGGGCUCCGCAGCAAACGGAGGAGAGCAGGGGGCAAGCCCCUCAAAGACCACCAACUGUGUAACGGCCCCUCGAAACUGUGCCAAGCGCUGGACAUCACCAAGAGCUUUGACCAGGAGCACUUGGCCACGGUCAAGGAACUCUGGAUGGAACGGGGUCCCGAAGUCAUUGCUGGGACAGAUAUUGUUUCCACCAGCCGCAUUGGUAUAGGUUAUGCAGGGGAGUGGGUUAGCAAACCUCUCAGGUUUUACAUAAAAGGCAACAAGUGUGUGAGCAUUACAGAUAGGAAAGCAGAGACGAUGAACGACUAGUCAGACUGGGUUGUGCCCUUAAAAUCUCAUGAUUUUCAAUGCCUUCGUAUUGUUUUUGGUUCUAUAAUGUAAUUUUGUUUACAGAAGCCGAAGACGCUUCUAAUGGUGAGCCUGUUCAAACUAUCACACAAUAAUAUGACAUUCCAGGAAUUCUUAGUGUUCUGAUUGCGUCCUUGUAAUGGCCAUAUUGAAAGAGUAUAAGGGGCUUGACAAAAAAGGGGGAAAAUGAUCUUAAAUCGCUGACAUAAUGUAAAAUGAUCAUUUACAAAAAUAGAGUAAAAUCAACAUUAAGGCGUCAUAGCCAGAGUAGAUGGACUUGUCAGCAUUUUAAAAUUGCACAGGUACAGAUAGAUACUGAUACCUUAAAAGUACACCAUAAAAAGUUUGUAUAAUGUACAUUUCAAUUAAUUGUGUUCACAAUAAAAUACUUCUUUUACAGUAGGUUAUAAAGAUUAUAUAAUAGAGAAACCAUUCACCCAUAAGGUCUGUACCAGCUCUUUAUGAAAUAUUUCACAAUUAAUCCCACAGCUCUGGUCUUUACACAAAGCUUUGCAACUGCCUUGGUUUAUAUUCACUAUUCCUCCAGAGACACCUGCUCUUGGCUAAAAAUGGGUGAUUGUAAUCCACACAAUUGUAUGUAGUUCCCCUAAUUUUUCACCUCAUUCCCUUUGUGGUAAUUUUGACAUUUUAGUUGCUGACUUCUCCAAAUGAGAAACAUAUCCCCCCACACUCUCAAAAAACUUCAUAAUUUUAAACAUCUCUGAGUUUAUCUGUUCCAGUAUCUCAACUUUCUUCACAUAAUCACAACCAUCUACCUCUAGAACUAUUCUAUGUGUAUGUGCCUUGGAGAAUGUAUCUAAAAGAGGUAGAGGAACACGAGGUUCAGUGGCAUAGAUAUGUCUGUGUCAAUGGCACAUUGUACUACCACGCACCCUAUAACUAAACACAAAUUACUCAUUAAUUGAGAACAUAGCUGAUGUAGCACUGCCUACCAGUCCUCCUCAAACCCAAUCCAAUGUAUACUUGGUACUUGAACAUAGGCAGCACCAGCUAAAUCAUAAUUUGUUUCUGAUCUACUGACCAAAUUUUUACUAAAGAUGCUGUAUUCAAAAUUGAUCAUAAAAAACCACCUGCAGUGUAACAUUUCAAAGAAUUUCUCAACCCUUACUGCAUUCUCUGCACAAUUAUUCAUAAUUUCUCCAAAAUGAUGAAUAGUUUGACAAAUGCAAAUGCCAGACUCGUCCUCUAAUUUUUCUUUGAGGGCUUUUGCUGUAACUGCUCUAUUUGGUUUUUCUUUUCAUUUGCCAUCUUCUGGAAAUGCAGAACUGCACAAUCACUCUGGAAACUUGCACUGGAUUUUACUGAGCUGGGAAGCCCUGAAAUUUCCUGUUGUGGAACUGUGCAGUCAUUUUAUCUGCUCUGCUAGUGUCUCAGGGUGUGAAGAAGGGCAUUGAGCCAAGAAAAUCACAGGUAUUCUUGGCCUCCCAGGAACUUGACAUACUAUCCAUUAUCAUAUUGUAGUGGCAAAGCAGAACUUGCAUUAAAUAUCAAGGCUGAUGUCAAGAAAUUAGCCAUUCACUUACAAUAUCCCAUGUAUUCAGCUAAAUGUAAACUGAACAUCAAUGAAAUGAAAGCUUUUGUUGUUAAAGUAUGGGGUAUUCCUGUGUGCAGGAACAUUGAAGUUUUUUGGGAAUACUGUCAUUUGAUAACAUUUCAAGAUUUAAAUCUGCUGUCCCGCUCACAGGGAAAGUGAUGAUUCUGCUUUUAUAAACAAGGCAUCAUUUAGCUGUAUUAUUUGCAAAUAUAAUGCUGAAAGAUUGAUGUUGUAUCAAUCAGCCUGCCUAAGGCAAAAAGAAUCACUGACUUCCCUGAAUGCAGGCUGGGGAUCCAUUUACUGCAGUUUGCACAACUCACCCUACAUCUCUUGUGAAUCAGAACUAGAAGACAUUGAUAGUGGAAUUCUGGUUCAUUGUGUUGCUCUCUAAGCAAUAGUCAAUUUGUGGAACUCUGGAGCAGGAGCAUUGCCCUCCCAAAGUACGUGUAGAGAUUCUUACAAUAUUACAUGGUCCUAUUCAAGAGCACAAGGACAAAAGAAAUGUAGUUUGCUGGGGGAAGGGGAGGAUAAAGGAGUGAGUGAACAUGUGUCAGAACAUAAAUAAAAUCAGUACCAGACCAUUCAGCCCCACCAUGUGCUUAACCAUUGAAUAAAACUGCCUGAUUUUUUUUAUCUCGUGCCACUUUCCUGCAUUAAUUCUUCAUCCGUUGAUUCCUCUAAUAUCUAGAAGUCCAUCAAUUUCAGCAAUAGCCUCCACAGCUCACUUGGGUAGAGAUUUCCAAGGACACACUACUCUAGAUAAAGAAAUUUCUUCCCACUUCUGUCCAGAGUAGUUGAUCCCUCAUUCUGAAAUACUGAUUUCUGGUUCUAGACACCCCAACCAGGGUAAGCAUCAAUUCCACAUCUACCCUGUCAAAUGUUGUACAUUUCUGUUAGAUGAGAUCACCUCCCAUUCUUCUAAACUCAUGAAAGACCCAAUGUCUCCAAAUACAACAAACCCACCAUCCCAGGAAUCAAUCUGAUGAACUUUUUCAGCACUGCCUUUGUCCUUGGGUAAGCAGACCAGACCUGUACACAAUAUUCCAGAUGCAGUCUCCCCAUAGCCCCAUUUGCUUGGAGCAAAAUAUCUUUUGUUCUCAAAUCGUCUGCAUAAAGGCCAACAUAUUAUUUGCUUACCUGAUUGCUUGCAGAACCUGCAUGAUAAUUUUCAAUAAUUCCUGUGCAAAGACACCCAGGUGCCUCUGAACACCUUUCAAUAUCUCACCAUUUAAAAUUCUAUUUUUCUCCCAAAGUGCAUGACCUUACACUUUUCUAUAUUUUUCAUUACAUCUUGGAGAAUCAAUAGAAGCUAAUACUAAGAACUGAAGACAAAGCAUGAGGAUGCAGUUUAAGCUUUACACAGGCUGAUGACAGUACAUUUGCUAAUUGGCACUGGUUUAUGCAAGGAUUUAACAUGUUGAUAAAUGUUUGUUUACCAAGCUCUUUUAACACAUUUUUAAUAAAACAAUUGGAACAUAUGACUUUAAAUUGAAUUGGUAUUUGAAAAAUAAUGGACAGGUGCAUUAAAUGAUAAAAGUUUGAAAAAAGCAGGAGCUUUCCUGUGCCUCCUGCAAAGACAGACACAACAAGUUUGUUCAAUUUCUCUGCCAAUUUCUUGCUCCCCAAUAAAAUCUCUCCUUUCUCAAUCUGUAGCUGACACUCAUGAACUUUAUCUAAUCUUUUCCUUUUUGCAUAACUGAAGAAGCUCUUGCAAUCAGGUUUUAUGUUUCUCACUAGCUUUGUCUCUUAUUCUACUAUCCCAUUCUUUAUCAAUACCUUGAUGAUCUUUUGCUGUAUCCUUGAAUUUUCCUAAUUCUGGGGUUUACUGAUUUUUUUUGGCAGUGUUGUAAGCCUUUGCCUUGAUUUAAUACUAUCUUUAAUAUCUCUUGAUGGCCAUAGCUGGAAACUGUAUUCUAAUUCUUUAUAGGUUAUGCAUUGUUCAUUUACUGUUUUUCCUUUCCCAAUCUACCAUAGCCAACUCAUAGUUCAUGCCUUUGUAGUUUGCUUUAUGCAGGAUUAUGAUGCUGGAUUCAUAUUGAAUUAAAUUAUUUCCAAUAUUUAUAUAAAUUUUAUCAUUUUAUAAUCAAUAUUCCCUAAAGGCUUCUUAACGACUAGAUUAUCAAUUAAAUGUUUCUCUUUACAGAAUGCUAAAUCUAAAAUAACUUCUUCUCUCCUUGGUUCCUCAACACACUGAUCCAGAGAGCCAUCUUUUAUAUACUGCAUGAAUUCAUCAUCCACACUGUUAAUGCUUAUUUGUCAAUGAGGUUGCACCAUCAAACAGAUAGGAUUAUCUUAAUGACUUUUAUCCUUCAUUUAAUAUAUUUGUAUAUUAAUUUUGUCGUCAUAGUGUUGUACUGCUGUAGAAUCUCAUUAACCAUGAACUUCCAAACAGGCAUUAAUCCAGAACUAUCAAACACAACUGGCAGUGGUAACCAAUCCACUUAAAACCAUGAGCAACAAUAUGAAACAUCAAUUAGCACAACAUAACCAACUCAGAUAUUUUAGACAAUUAGCAUUAAUGAACAAGUUAACGUAACGUUGGAACCUCAAGGAACUUGUUUUUUUCCCAGCAAGAAUUUAUUGGCAUAGAAAUUAAUGGUGAAGAUAUCAACACAGAGUACAUAUUUAUGCUGAAUCUUAUUAAACAUGGUGUGAAGUGUAUUCAUUAGUGAUGAUUAUAGUGAUGUAAUAAGCAGACAGGCCUGAGAUAAAGUAGGAAAACAAACCCAAUAUGUUGAAAUGCUGACACCUUGAGGACUGUUGAGUAAGUUCUUUUCUAUCGCAGUUAAAUCCUUCCAAUAAAACAGACAUGUGACACUGA